GAUUUGGCGCCAUUUUGCUGAACAUCGCGUCCUCCUGCUACCUUCCUCAACAUUUUUGCAAACAACCGCAUCGCACACGAGACAACAUGGCCCGACCCAGAGCCCGAACUUUUGGACUACGAGGAGGAUGAGGACGGCAGUGGACGGGGGGGUGGCGGAGGCCCAGGAGGCAGCCCCCCCCAAGAAGGAUGUGAAGGGAACUUAUGUAUCCAUUCACUCUUCAGGGUUCAGAGACUUCCUUCUCAAGCCAGAGAUUUUAAGGGCCAUUGUCGAUUGUGGCUUUGAACAUCCCUCUGAAGUACAACACGAGUGCAUCCCACAAGCUGUAUUGGGCAUGGACAUCCUGGGACAGGCCAAAUCUGGGAUGGGUAAAACAGCUGUCUUUGUUCUGGCCACACUGCAGCAGAUUGAUCCUGUAGAUGGCCAGGUGUCAGUACUCGUCAUGUGCCACACGCGCGAACUGGCGUACCAAAUCGCCAAAGAAUAUGAAAGAUUUAGCAAGUACAUGCCGGCUGUGAAAGUAGGUGUGUUCUUCGGAGGCAUGAACAUACAGAAGGACGAGGAUACCCUUAAGAACAACUGCCCCCAUAUUGUGGUGGGAACGCCUGGCCGGGUCCUGGCUCUCGUCAGGAACAAGAAACUAAGCUUGCGUCACUUGAAGCAUUUUGUGCUGGACGAGUGCGACAAGAUGCUGGAACAACUUGACAUGAGGAGGGACGUGCAAGAGAUUUUCCGCAACACACCCCACGAAAAGCAAGUGAUGAUGUUUUCGGCCACUCUUAGCAAGGAUAUUCGGCCGGUCUGCAAAAAGUUUAUGCAAGAUCCAAUGGAGGUCUAUGUAGAUGACGAGGCUAAACUCACCCUCCAUGGUCUCCAGCAGCAUUACGUGAAGAUUAAGGAGAACGAGAAGAACAAGAAGCUUUUUGAAUUGCUGGAUGCUCUUGAGUUCAACCAGGUCGUGAUCUUCGUCAAGUCAGUGCAGCGGUGUGUGGCUCUGGCAACACUGCUAGUGGACAUGAACUUCCCAGCCAUUGCUAUCCAUCGCGCCAUGCAGCAGGAGGAGCGUCUCAGCCGCUACCAACAGUUCAAGGAUUUCCAGAAGCGCAUUCUGGUGGCAACUAAUCUGUUCGGGAGAGGAAUGGACAUCGAAAGGGUUAACAUUGUCUUCAACUAUGACAUGCCGGAGGACAGUGACACGUACCUGCAUCGCGUGGCCAGAGCUGGGCGGUUUGGUACUAAGGGCCUGGCAGUGACCUUCGUGAGCGAGGAAAGCGAUGCAAAGACCCUGAAUGAGGUACAGGAGAGGUUUGACGUCAACAUAACAGAACUACCGGAUGAAAUUGACCUCUCCUCGUACAUUGAGGGUCGUUAGUGGAGGGGACCAGCGCGUACAUGUGUGUGUGUGUGCGUGUGCGUGUGUGUGCGUUUGGGGUCCUGGCCUGUAGUGUGUACGUGUGAAGCCCUCAGAUAAACGUACAUGUGUAAUUUUAAGUGUUUUUUUUAUUUUAUUAUUAUUAUUAUUAUUGUUAUUAUUUAGUUUUUUUAAUUGGAUGUAAUAGUGUAGUUAUUUUUAUUAUUAUUGUGAUUAUUUUAAGUAGUUAUGUUCUGUAACUGAAUAUAAUGGCAAAAUUUGUUUCUUUCAAAAUUUGUAGUUAUUAUUUUUAUUAUUAUUAUUAUUAUUAUUAUUAUUAUUGUAAAGAACCAACAUGUAAGCUUAAAAUUGUGUAGCUAAGAUGGUUCCUUUAUCUUCAAUUACCUAAAAGAAUAAUUAGUUUUCUCAGUAAUAUGUGGACAUUUAUUAUUAUUAUUAUUACUGUAAAAGAACCAACAUGUAAGCUUAGAAUGGUUUAAGGUUUAAGGUGGUUCCUUUACCCUCUGUCACCUAAAGGAAUGAUUCGUUUUUUGAGUAAUUUAAGUACAAGUCUGUAUUUCAAUUUGUAAGAAAGAUUUUUUUUAAGUUUUA